AUGGCGCAGUUCCCGCCCCCCUCGCUGAUCGAGACGGAGGAUGACGGGUGGUCUCUUAGGCCCCCACAACGGCCGGCGGACGAAUACGCUGCUGCAAUUGCGGGUCCCGUCGUCAGUCUGUCGAUGAUCACACGUCUGUGUCGCCGCGGCACACCGGAAAGGGUUCGUGCCGUCAUGUGGCAGCUGCUGAUGGGCUUCCUUCCUCUCGAAACGUUCCGCUGGGAGUCGUUGCGGGUGGUGAAAACAAAGGAAUAUCGUGAAAUUGUGCAUAUUGUAUGUGUACUUGAUGAAAACGGAAAUGUUGUGGCGGGGGAGGGCAGCUGCCGUGCAGUAGACGUCGAUAUCCCGCGCACGAUUCCCUCCAUGCACUUCUUCAACUCCCUGGAGGCGUCCACGACGGAAAACGGCGUCCCUGUGACAUUCUCACCGACGCAGCAGAGUCUGCGGCGCAUCAUCCACACCCUCGCCGGUGUCAACAAGGGCCUUGGCUAUGUGCAGGGGAUGAACGAGCUGGUGGGUCAUUUGUUAUACGCCUUCGCGUCUGGGCAACGUGACGCAGUCAACGAUACCAUCGAAGGUGAAGUUUUCUUUUGUUUUCAAACAAUGCUCGCAUACCUCGGCGACGAUUUCUGUCGUAGUCUUGAUUUUGAUCAGGAUACUGGUGUAACGAGUACCAUCCGUCACUUUGAGCGAUUGCUUCAGUUCCUGGAUCCUGUGCUGUGGCGGCACCUGCACAGUAGUCAGGUAAGGUCGGAGUUCUACGCAUUCAGAUGGAUCACGCUGCUCUUCACGCAGGAGUUUAAUGUGCCAGAUGUAUUUCGAGUGUGGGACUUCCUAUUCUCAUUCGGGGAGGAAUUACGCAGCGUGGUCCUCUACGUCGCAGUCGCCAUGUUGCACUAUCAACGUGACGAGCUACUGCGAAUGAAUCAUCUCUGCGAACUCCUCCCUUUGCUGCAGUCGUACCCGCCGUGCGAUGUCAAUGAAUUUCUGAAGAUUGUUAUGCAGUGGAUCGACCAGUUUGGCUUCCGGUUGGUGCAGCAGCUGAAGGUGUCAACUGCAGAUGAUGUUGCAGAGCUGCGGCGUCGAUACCAAAUGACUGUGCCGGGUGAGGCGUCGUGGGGCAGCAGUCUGUGGUGUUGGAUGAGCUCUGUGAGGGAUCUUGCAAGGCAUGUGAGGGGGGAGCGUUAG